CAGGGAGAGAGGAGACAAUGACUGGAACACUGUCAUUAACGCCCAGUCAUUUAGAGUAAACGUAGAGCGUAUAGAUAACGGUCGUUUCUUUAAAAUACAAUCAGCUUGUGUAAUAAUAUAGCUCGCUGUGAAAAACCGAAAGCUAAAUAAUGUGUUACCCCAUAUAUUCAUUAGAUCGACCUCUCGAUUAUAAAUAUACAUUGUCUGAGACGAGGAUGAAAUGAACCGCAUCGAUUAUUAUUUGUGGCUACAGUACUAGCUAUUUGGGAGACUAAAUUUAAGAAAUAAUGCAGUCGUUGUCACGGACGGUAGUACUCUCUGUACAUUAAUUGUAGUUUGCCACAGCACUGUACCUAAAUUAAGUGUAAAGCGUGUAUUCAUAUUAUAGUUUGUUUAAUAUAACUGUAACAAGGAUAUUGGUGCAAACUGAGAAUCUUUAUCGCAUGGGUGUUCUUUAAGCAACUGGAGACGGACUGCCUGUUCUGCAGCAAGUUGAAUCAUUUUUUGAGCAUGCGUGCUGGAUUGACUGUAUACUUUUUUUUUUAACAACCGUAGAUGAUAAUCGUUUCUCAUUGUGUCUGGAUUAGGCGCAUCAUCCACCCUGACUCUUCCGCAUACACAGAAGUGAAGGUUCUUAAAACAGUUUGGCACCAGUUUUCAAAACGAACUGAACCCCUGAGUCUGCGGUGUCUUUUCGCUCCCAAAACAGCAGAAAGACAGUAAAAUCCUGGAAGGAUGGCUUCUGACUCAGCAUCUCAAAAUCCCAGCUGUCGGAUAAUGACCUUUUAUCCCACAAGGGAGGAGUUUCAGAAUUUCAGCCGCUAUAUUGCCUACAUUGAGUCUCAAGGGGCUCACAGAGCAGGGCUGGCUAAGAUUGUCCCCCCAAAAGACUGGAAACCCCGGAGGUGCUACGAUGGCAUCGAUGAGCUGGUGAUCCCAGCUCCAAUCCAGCAGGUGGUCACUGGGCAGUCGGGUCUCUUCACCCAGUACAACAUCCAGAAGAAGCCAAUGACUUUGCGAGAGUUUCGCAAGAUUGCAAACAGUGACAAGUUCUGCAAUCCACAUUAUGCUGAUUUUGAGGAGCUUGAAAGGAAGUACUGGAAGAACCUGACAUUCAAUCCACCCAUUUAUGGCGCAGAUGUAAAUGGGACGCUCUAUGAUCCGGACAUCAAAGAGUGGAACAUUGGCCAUCUAAAUACAAUCCUGGAUACGGUGGAGUUAGAGAGCGGAAUUACUAUAGAGGGUGUAAACACACCAUACCUGUACUUUGGGAUGUGGAAGACUACAUUUGCAUGGCACAUUGAGGACAUGGACCUGUACAGCAUUAACUACCUGCACUUUGGAGAGCCUAAAUCCUGGUAUUGUGUUCCUCCAGAACAUGGGAAGCGAUUGGAGAGACUGGCAAAAGGCUUUUUCCCAGGGAGUGCCCAGAACUGUGAGGCUUUCCUUCGACACAAAAUGACCCUGAUCUCCCCAUCUAUCUUGAAGAAGUAUGGCAUUCCCUUUGACAAGGUCACUCAGGAAGCCGGGGAGUUCAUGAUCACAUUUCCUUAUGGGUAUCAUGCUGGUUUCAACCAUGGCUUCAACUGUGCUGAAUCAACAAAUUUUGCAACCCAACGUUGGAUUGAGUAUGGGAAGCAGGCAACACUGUGCUCCUGCCGGAAGGACAUGGUGAAGAUCUCUAUGGAUGUGUUUGUGCAGAAGUUUCAGCCUGAUCGCUACAAGCAGUGGAAAGCUGGGAAGGACAAUGCUGUCAUUGACCACACCCGGCCAACUCCAGAGGCAGCCGAAUUUCUAAAGGAGAGAAACGGGGAUAGUGAAACAGAGGUGAACUCCAGUGUAGGCAGCACUGAUGAACGUGAGACUACAGUAAACAACAAAAAGAGCCUCAUCAAGCAUAGAAUUGGGACUAAAAGGCAUCGUGUGUGUUUGGAGGUCCCCCAAGAGGUCCUCCCAAAAGAAGACUUGCAUUAUGAAGUGGAAGUGUGUGAGGAAGAAACAAUGUCCACCCAGCAGGAUCACCAGCAAGGAAUGGACUGCACUGAGGAACUUAGCACUGAGGAACUUGGCCGUCAAGAUUCUUUCUUGCCAGCUAAGGUGGAAGAGCUGCAGCCAGUGAAAUGUGAAACUGUGGGAGAGGUGGAUCUAGGCCGGGCUGUGAGCCCCACGCCUUUGACUGAGUGCUCUUCACAUGGAGUGGAAAACCCCACUGUUCCUGAUAGUGAAGCUUCCCCUGCCCAUGAUGAUGUUGACCUCCCCCACCUUCCAGAAAGCCAGAAACACAUUGUAAAUAGCCACAUCUCCAAGGUAGUUAGCCCCGCCUCCAGGGCUCAAAGCCCUGUUGUCGCUGGAACAAGUGGAGAUUCUGUCAUUGGUGCAGCUCCCCCAUGCCUGCCAAGAUCAGGGGCAGCCUGUCUGGUUCUGAGCAAGACCCUGAGCCCAGCUGAAGUGCUGCAUGUUCACAGCUACGCUAAGGGGAGCUACAGUGAAGCAGGAGCUGGCAGCCCAUCGGAGAGGAAGGUCAACACUGGGAUGAGUGGCAAGGAGCAAGAUGAUGCACAGUGUGAUGUCAUUUAUCCCCAGACUGCUGAAGUGUACACAGACUCCAUGAAGAACCUAAAGAGCAAACGGCAGCCUCUGGACAAACUACCACGUCACCACCCUUUAGUUAAAGACUGUUUCAGUGAUGAAGAAGUGCAAGAGCAGAUACAUUUGGAUGAAGACACUGUCGAGACCGAACAGUGGGCAAAAUCUCUUACUAACCUUUGGCAAACCCGGCCCCAUAACCUGCAGGCAGAACAGGAGUACAAUCAGAACAUGGGUUUGCAACCUCCUUACUGUGCAGUCUGCAUGCUGUUCCAGACAUACCAGCAGUUGGAGUAUAAUGGCAAUAACCAAAGCACUCUGAUGGACUCUGAGGGCAGGCUCAGGACAAAGCCCCUUAUCCCCGAAAUGUGUUUCUCUACAAAUGAGGUCAGCAGUGACCUAAACUUCUCUGCCCCCUACCUGGAGGAAGAUGGUACCAGCUUGCUUAUCACCUGCUCCAACUGUUGUGUCCGGGUCCACACCAGUUGUUACGGUGUUGCUCCUGAGAAAGUGUCAGAUGACUGGAAGUGUUCCCGUUGUGAAGCAAAUGCCAUGACGGAGAGUUGCUGUUUAUGUUCACUGAGAGGAGGGGCCCUGCAGAGAGCCAACAAUGACAAAUGGGUCCAUGUACUCUGUGCAGUGGCAGUGUUGGAAGCACGAUUUGUGAACCUUGCAGAACGUAGUCCUGUGGAUCUCAGUGGGAUACCCUUGCAGAGAUUUAAAUUGAAAUGCUUUUACUGCAAAAAGCGGAUGAAAAGGGCUGCAGGUUGCUGUGUGCAGUGCUCACAUGGUCGCUGCCCCACCUCCUUUCAUGCUACCUGCGCACAAGCAGCAGGAGUCCUCAUGCAGUCUGAUGAUUGGCCCUUCGUUGUGUUCAUUACCUGCUUCCGCCACAAAGGGCCUAUUCAUACAGAGCGCAAUAAGGCAGCCCUGCGUGAGCUCUCCGUGGGACAGAAGGUGAUCUGUAAACACAAAAAUGGGCGAUACUACCAGAGUGAGGUGGUGAGUCUCACCAAAGAAACCUUUUACGAGGUGAACUUCGAUGAUGGCUCCUUCAGUGACAACCUCUUUCCAGAGGACAUUGUGAGCCGGGACUGCCAGCAGCUGGGGCCCCCAGCGGAAUCUGAGGUUGUGCAGGUGCGGUGGACUGAUGGGCUGGUUUAUGGAGCUAAGUUUGUGGCAGCACAUGUUGUCCAGAUGUAUCAGGUAGAGUUUGAGGAUGGAUCGCAGCUCUCUGCCAAGAGGGAUGAUGUUUACACCCUCGACGAAGAGCUACCAAAGCGUGUUAAAACAAGACUGUCAGUUGCAUCAGACAUGCGCUUUGGGAUCUUCACAGAGAAAGAGGUGAAACAGGAGACCAAGCGGCAACGGGUUAUAAACUCCAAGUACCGGGGAGACUACAUCGAGCCAGUAGUGUACCGUGCCAUCAUGGAGUAAUUGCUUUUCUAUACUUGAACCAAAAAAAACUAUUGGCACAGACUGGGGGACCUACAAACAAUAGAAGACCCUCCUAAAAAUGUAAUUGUUGAGUGAAUUUCUGUUGAACAAUUUUUAAAAGCUCAAAAAAAAAAAAAAACCUGGAUGUUUUGGAGUAAGCAUACAGUGCCCUUCGCUUGCAUUAAUACACCCUGUAACUUCUGCAUUACAGUCAUGAGGUCCUCAUUUAACUUUCACAGUAGAAAACCAUUUAAGUUUGCAGUGCCAUGAGUUGCCCAACUUUUUGUUCAUUGUUUAUUUUUGACAACUGCAUCAUGAGUACCAGAUUUCUCUGCAAAGUGAGCAAUUUGGAGUUUGUUUCAUGGUGGAACAGACGGAAUGAAGCUUCAAAUAAGAUGCAAUUUGAAAACUUGUUAAACACAAAGGGCCCAAGAUUUUUGACUCUUGAAACAAGGUGUUGUGUUUCUUCAUUGGAGAAUUGCAAAAUAUAAAAGUGGAAUUUUGCAGAGUGAGGCUAAAAAACAAGAGCCAUUUUGAAAUUUUUAAAAAAAAACUUCUGUAAGUAUAAGCUUUUUUCCAUGCAAAUUUCAACUGCAGUGUUCUAUGCCAUUGUAUUUAAACAGUGGUAUUAGUUUUUAUACCUGGCUGAAAUGUAAGCCUGUAGAAACUUGGAAUAUCCACCAAAUUACGUUCUAUAGAAUGUAUUGUUUUAUAAAUAAAUUGUGUUCCAGAUUUUUUAUUUGCAAGGCAGAGGCUUUUGCUGAUUUUUCAGCACUGCUAAUUUAAUUAAUUUGUUGUAUUUUUAUUUUAAAUCUGUUACCUUCCUUAAGGCUCACCUGUAAAUGUAAAGCAUUUAAUUGUCACUUAUUUAACUUUGACCUUCAAUUAGAAAGCGCUUCUUACAGUUACAAAACCCAAGGGUGUGUGUGUGUGUGUCAUUUACAGGGGGCUAGUUUCAGGUAUUGUUUAAAGUUUAUUUUUGCAUUUAAACUCUGUAUGAUUAACUUGGAUUUGACCACCCUGUUUGCAAAAUAUCUUGCUUGUCCAAGUUGCAAUUGGAAAGAAACACUUCAUAAAGUAACUGCAAUAAACAUACGUGUCACUUAUUUGGUACAUGUACACCUCUAAUCACAUGUUCAGUAGACAUGGGUUGCUACACUGUAGCAGUACUGUGCACUUCACAAGGGUGUAACAGUCAUUCUUGCAAUCAAUGCGAAGGUUGUUACAUCUCAACCUACUUUCCUGUAUAACUAAAUUAGUUGCGGGGUUUAAACGUAAAUAAAUACAUACAUGUUUUUUGAAAUUGUGACAGCUUCAAAUUAAGUGUUGCUAAAAUAUGUUUGCAGGGAGCGAAGUUUGUUAAAGACAUUCAUUUGUCAGAAUGAUGUGUUGUUUUUUUUUUUUUUUUCCUUAAGCGUCAUGUUCUUGUUGACAUAGUUUAUCAUGGAAUGUCUCUGGAUAGCAGUUGCAUGUAGGAUUAUUUAAAAUGCAUACUGUAUCAUAUGAAAAAUAAAAUCAUGCCCCUUACACCAAAUGUCUUCACUAAAAACAGUACUGCCAGCAUUGUUACAGCCUGUAUUAAAGUAUUUUGAAUAGUGCUUGGCAUCAACUGUGUUUCAAGCAUUAGCCAUGUAGCACAUCAGCUUUGACCAAUAAAAUGACUGCUGUUCCAGUCAAGGAUGUGGGCUGAAAUUUCCCUGGAGGUUUUAUUUAUUUUAUUUUUUUUGUUCUUCAGCAGUGUACAAUGUAGCACACAAACAAGCUCAAACCACCCAAGAUCAACGUUAGAUUGCAAGAACUGCAAUUGCACUGUGUUUUUUCUUUGAAAGCUUUAUACUUAUGUUUCUUAUGGUAGGCUAGAACACAUAGGGCUAAGCACAAUAAUCAUAAAUAUUCAACUUCACUUUUGAACCUAAUAAAUUCCUACCACUGUAAAUCAA